AUGAAUGCAGCCACUGUAGCUUAUACUUGUCAACAACGGGAAGCCUGCCAACAGCCCACGCCUCCCGAGAAGCUCGAGAAGCCAGCGGCGGCUGUGCCUCCGGAGACGGAGAACAAGCCACGAGGGCAUGUGACGAGCCAUGUCGAGGUUCUCAAGAGCCCUACCAGCGCCACCCGAGGAUCCAAGCGCCCGCACCCUCUGACGCCAACGAAGCCUGUAAAGCCCGUCGAGGAGCCUUCUGAGUGUCCAGAUGAUGUUGAUGGUGAUGAUGAUGAAGAACCCCCGAAAGUCCUGAACUUUCACGACCUUAGCAAGCUUGAGAAAGAGAAGGUGAGAAGGAUCGUGACACCGAAACGGGGAUCGGGGAAUCUGGAAGUGCCAGAGAACAUCUUCGAGAUGUGGAAGGAUGCCGGAAAAGGGCGGGACAACUUGUUUCGCAUGUGGGCAAAGUCUGGAGGUGUGAAGGCAGGCGGCUUUUAUAGUAAAGACGAUAUGCGGACCGAAUUGGCUUAUUCGGCGUCCCGCAUCGAGAAGAUCGUCGCCUGGGCGGAGAAGAAAGGCCUUGUCCGGACAUGUGAGUACGACGACGAGACGCUGGAGUAUUGGGUGAACACCCGAACAUCCGGAACUAUGACAAAGGAGGACUUUGAGAUGAUGCAACGGGAGCGGCAGUACCAAGGCGAAGGCGGAACCGAGUUGAAUGUCAAGCAGGCAGUGAAUCUUGAAGGCUUCUCUUUCUCUGAUGAUGACGACAUGGUUCACUCCAGCAAUAAGGGUCUUGAGGGUGAUCAUCACAAGAGUGUUGCAUCGCAAGUGAAAGAGUACAUGAAGAGUGUGCUGAAGGCCAAGAACUCCCUUGAGGGUUUCGUGGAUAAGAUGAAGACAGCAGGAUCUAGUGAUCCAAAGGCAAGCACGACAGUGAAGAAGAUGGAUGCCGUGGUUAAGGAGUACGAGGCUAUCUACGAGGAGAUGUCCGAGAUCAAGGCUGAAGGGGGCACCAUCGGCUACAGUGAGAAGUUAUCGGGCUGCACAAUUUGGGGUGGGUCACUGCUCAGCAGAGUGCGGAAGGCGGCGAAGAAAGAGGAAGUGGCAGCAUCACACCUGGACGGGGCAUUGGUUUCAGAAACCGCUGUAGCUUCGAAGAUUCUUUGGCAUUGUGUGAAGGAAAUCAAUGCCCUGCGGCAGAAGCAUGGGGGCAAUGGUCUUUGUGUGUUCAAAAUUGGUCUCACUUCCGAUCCUGUUCGGCGCAGCCAAAGCUACUUCGAUCAGAACUUCCAGUCCUUCGUUGUGCUGCACAAGGUUUCCAGGCCAGAGCUGUUGGGGAUGUUGGAGAUGCUUGUCCCCGCCAAAGAUCUGGUGGCCGACGCUGCCGCAGCUGUGAAGACGGAUCCUUGCAAGGUGCUGGCCCAGAUUGCAAAGAUUCAGUUGUCUAAUGCGGAUGCUCCCCUGUAUGAGUUGCUGCAGAAACAUGGACUGGGUUUGCCUAUCGACUUUAGCUGGGAGCAGGCUGGCAACGCGCAUAGGUACCCUUUCAUAAAACCGAAGGCCCUGCUGGAAGCUUUGAGUGAGCAAGGCUACUUCCAUCGAGUGUUGGGGGUACCCGUUCACUUAGCAUGUGAAUCACUUCGGUUAUUUUGGAAGAAGUUUCGCGAACACCACCCUCAACACCAAGUGUUUAACCACCCUGGCAAUCUUGACUAUGAGAAGCUCAUCCCAUACUAUUUGCACGGGGAUGGUGGCCGAGGGUACAAGAAAGAUUCCAUCGAGAUCUUAUCUAUGUUUCCAGCCCUGGGUACUGGUUCGCGAGAGAGAUCUGUGGACUUAAGUUCGAAGCGACGAGCCGAAGUUGAACCCGAGCUUGGUAUCAACUUGCAAGGGAAUUCCGGGGCCACACGGUUCUUGUUUUCUGUUGUCAGCAGUUUGGUGGCCAAGACUGAUGGCCAAAUUUUCGAUGAUGUCAUGGAUAUUUGGGGUCGGGAGUUGCAUUCGCUCCUGGAGCAUGGGUUUCAUGCCUCAGGGAGCACUUGGCGCAUCGUUAUUUUGGGUUUCACUGGGGAUUCUCCUUUUGUCAAGAAGGUCGCAAAGACCAACCGUUCCUUUCACAACAUUCGCAAGCGAUUCUCUUCAACAGGCAAACAGAUUGGAUGCUGCUGGCUCUGUCAUGCUGGACACGAGUCGCCGGAGGACGAUGUUCAUAUCCCUUUCGAACACCUGGGCUUCGUUGGCCCUGAAUGGAUUCAGACUUGCGGUUUGAAUAACCCGCUUCCGUGGGACGGUGCUGGGGGCCCAUUGCUUCAAUACAUGCUGUGUGAUGCUGGCGACACACCGGCGGCUUUUUUUAAGGCGGACUUCUUCCACGUGUGGCAUGCAGGCACAGGACAAGACUUCACGGCCAGUGCACUGGUCUACUCGAUGAAGACGCUAUUUGGGCUAGGAGGCGUAGUUCGCGACCUGAAUGAAUUGAACGGCUUCCUAAAAUCCUUUCUUCGACAGUCGAAAUCAAGGCUGCAUUGUGGACGGCUUACGCAAGAUCUAUUGGGAUACAGCAGCACUAGGGAGUACCCUGAGGGAAAGUGGUCCAAAAACAUGGAUACAGCGACGAUCUCCAAAUUCAUCAUUCACCUACUUCAGCUCCCUCAGUUCCAGGCUUCGGUUCGGGGCGACGACAUAUUGCAGGAGAUUUUGGCAGCUGCAAAGGCAAUGGAAAGGGUGAUCAAGACAUGCUUGAAAGCAGAGUACUUCAUGUCCCCUGCAGAUACGGAAGCUGUUGUUGAGAGCGGCUACGCAUUUCUGAUGCGAUAUUCGGCUCUCGUGCGGAAAUGCUACGACCGAUCACUGAGCUUGUUCAAGCUUCGUCCGAAAAUUCAUUAUUUGAACCAUGUCUUCUUGCGGACCUAUCAAGAGUGGCUCUCCAACGGCUCUGCAAUCAACCCAUUUGCGGAGGCGACCUUCAUGAGUGAAGACUUCGUGGGCCGGGCGGCUCGCGUGAGUCGCCGGGUAAGCCCGCGUGCCGUUGCUGUCAAGACUCUUCAACGGUAUAUUUUCUUGAUGAAGGCAGCUCUCGAGAAGGAUGCUUACGCGAUGCUUGAUAUGAGCAUGUUCGCUUGA